CUUCCCCGAAGGCGACGGCCAGCUGCUUUGCGAGUUCGUGUAUAGCACUGACUUGUUCAAGGAAGAAACCAUUGUCGACCUAAAGGACAGGAUACACGCGGUUCUGAGCCAAGUUGUCGACGAUGUACGCUUCGCUAUCGAUCCACUGCAGUCUUCAAGACUUCGCCCACCCACUCCAUCAGACGUGGCAGCGUACUUGCAUGACUAUGUCCCCUGCGAGUUUCCUCUUGACUUCCCCAGGCUUUCGGACAAUACGGCCGCGCGACGAGAGACGCAUUCCUUCACCUUGCCGCCAAUCGUCUGCGACGCGCUUCAGAACUCGUCGAAAGGCGAGGAGGAACUUCUCGCGCUGUGCCUUACCACACUCUCUGUGCUCAACCACCGGUAUACUUGACAAGAGGACAUCACGAUAGGGCUCGCGACAAGCGAAUCGCUGGACAUCGUUCCUUCUCGUCUUGCAGUUCAUGGUGAUGCUGUGCUCUCAGCUGUUCUCGACGAUGCGCGGACCUCGAUCCAGAGAGUGUCUGAGUUCUCUGGUGUAUCUAUCAAGGAUGUGUCGACCGCUUUACAAAAGCGACGGAAGUCGGCGUCGGCGCCGUCUGUAAUCCAUGUCGCGCUUUCCCGCAACUCGAUUGGGGCUGAUAGGUCAUUGUCGGGAGAGCUAGGCCUGCCAGUGGACCUCGAGCUUCGCUACAGCGAUACCAACGGGUCUCAUUGCCAGCUCAUCUACGACCAAUCCCUCUUCCGGCCAGGUACCAUCGAAUUGUUCUGCGACAAUUUUGUGGACGUCUUCGAAAACCUGCUCUUGCACCCUGACCUGGCAGUCGAGGAUAUCCCGUUCCAGAACUCGGCGAAACACCUGAAACGCAUUGGUGCCCCACUCGCCCCGCCUCCAUCUCCAACGUCGUCCCUUCUCAUCAACGCUCUCAAGAAGUCUGUGGACGCACACCCCGACAUGCCGGCCAUGCAGGAGAGAGAGGUCGUGCCGUCGAACAAGCAACUGAACACUGCCUCGUCCUUGCUGGCACAGAAUAUCACGGAGAUAUCGGAAGGCGUAGGCGAGCUUAUAGCAACGUGCAUCCCCCCUUCGGCUCUCGCUGUCGUGUCCAUCCUCGCCAUUGUCAAGGCCGGAGCCGCAUACGUUCCCUUGGACGUCCGAUACCCUUCUGAACGACUAGAAAUGCUCCUGCGCGAGAGUGGUGCACGACUGUUGAUCACGACCUCACAGUCGCCAGAGUUCGCCGGCGACGUGGAAGGUGUCACUCACCUCGACAUCUCCGACUUCCUGACCGAGACCGAUCUCAUCUCUCCCAUCGACUUCGCCUGCACUCCUCGGACGGAUACCGCCUACGUCGUGUACACGUCUGGGACCACUGGUGUGCCGAAGGGGGUGCCUGCCUUACAGUCUUCGGUGGUUGCACUAGUAUCGAACACGGACGUCUUCCCGUUCCAGCCUGACGAUAGGAUUGGGAUGAUCAACAACCUCGCGUGGGACGCCAGUAUCAUCGACAUAUGGUGCACGCUACUUACCGGCGCCACGGUCGUCUGCUUCAAUCGGUACGAUGUCCUGGACCUGGUCGUUCUUGCCGAGCAGUUCCAGUUGUUUGACGUCACGGGCUGUUUCAUGUCCAUUGCGCUCUUCCGCCAAGCCCUUGAUCUCGCGCCCCAGCUAUUCCGCAAGCUCCGCAUUCUGCAGGUCGGCGGAGAAGCCUUCUACUACGAGGAUUUACAGAGGGUGAAAUCUGUCAAUCCGUUAAUCCAACUCUUCUGCGCUUAUGGCCCGACGGAGACCUGUGUCUUUGCCACCGGGUUCUGGGUUGAUGUUCCCAACAUGCCUUUAUCUGGAUCUGUGUCCAUUGGACGACCAACGUCAACCGUUCAGGCCCUCGUUGUCGACACGACGAGCCGGCUAGUUCCGCCGAGCGUAGUCGGUGAACUGAUCAUUGGUGGUGCUGGUGUCGGUCCAGGGUACCUGAGGAGGCCGAAGGAGACUGCUGAGGCCUUCGUUGAGCUUGAAUUCGACGAACUCGACCAGGGUAUCGCUCGGUAUUACCGCACAGGCGACGCUGUGAGACUAGGCCCGGACGGCCAAUUGCAUUUCGUCGAGAGGAUGAACGCUGGUCAGAUCAAGAUCCGUGGGUAACGAUUGGAACUUGCGGAGAUUGAGGCGGCCAUUCGCCGAACCAACUUAGCAAACGACGCCGCGGUCGUUCAUAUCAAAUCCGAGAGGAAUGGAGACGAUCUGCUCGUUGCCUACACUAUUGCUACUGCGCCAAUGUCCCUCUCGGAAUCUCACACACUCUCAUCAGCGCUACUCGAGAUGCUGCGCGAAAUCCUCCCGUCGUUCAUGAUCCCUCAUCUCGUGUGCUGGGUCCCAGCUCUUCCUCUGACGCCUAAUGGCAAGUUGGAUCGCCGCCAGCUCCGAGUCCGUGUCAUCGUUGACGCCGACAGCAUGCUGAAUGACAUCCCGGGAGAAGAUGAUUCGAGCGAGCCCGAGGAUGAAGUCGAGCAGCGCCUCUGGUAAGAUCAUGGAAGCUCUUCUCGGUCGCAUACCCAUCCGUCGAUCUUCGAACUUCUUCGACGCGGGCGGCCACUCGCUCAUUGCCUCCCAUCUGGUAUUCCGGAUACACGAAGCCUUCGAUAUCCCGUUCACUCUGGUGGAUAUCUUCAACAUGCCUAUAGUCAAGGCAAUGGCGGGCAAGAUCAGGGAAGCGAUUACUGCGAAAGCGUCCGACCAGCCAUCAGCGAAAACUCCGAUGGUUGCUCCGGUAUCUGACAAGUUCCACGUACCAUCGGUGCUCAUAUUUUCUGAGGAACCUCACAAGCCGUUCCUGUUCUGUGUCCCCACGAUCACCGGUCUCGGCCACAUGUUCGCCGCGCUCUCACUCUCCACCAACGUGUUCAACGUCAUCGCUCUUAAUGACCCUGGGUACUUCUCCUUCGAUAGCUUGCCCCAAGACCAGCCGUCGACGAGUCACGCCAGCACCCUGCACAAUCCAGACAUGCAUACUAUCGAGAACCAGGCCAAGUACUAUUACGCACGGAUCGUUGAGGAGCUAGGCCGUGUCGGCAGCGCCAAGCCUGGUAACGCGCCGUUCAACAUCCUGGGCUACUCUUUCGGGGGACGCGUCGUGGUAGAGGUGGCGCGCCUCGCGCAGGACGAGGGCUGGGACGUCAACCUCUUCGUGGUCGACUCGUUGGCGCUCUCCAUGUUUGAAACGAAACAAUUGCGAUACUCCCGAUGGCGAUGAGUGCCGUUGGAUUGCCAUUCGGAGAAAUGGGCAAGCAGGGCGUGCCGCUGAAGCAGGACAUCGAGGCCCGCACCCUCGCGAACUUCUGUGCGCUCUACUCGCAUGCGAUGCCACGGUACGAGGGGCACGUUAUACUGUCCCACACGGAGUCGAACGCAAAUUACGGCUUCACCCCGAUUGUUGACUCGUUGGACGAGAUACUUCUUCCGCCUACUCGAGCAAGAAUCUGGGAAUUUGUCCGUGAUCAGUGCCAAGGUUUCUGCAGCCAUCGUCGGGUAGGCUUAGUCGACUUUGCUCAGUUUUAGUAUACUAUCAGCUGUAUUGUCCAAUAUGAUGC